AUGGGAAACUCUCAGACUAAAGAAUCCCGGACUACCGCUCCCCGCCGAAGUCAACAAUGGUCCGGUGCAUCCGAUACAUCGGGCCGUGCUGUGUAUCAAUCCUCUCGCUCUGGUCGAGGUAGCCGGCCCGAUCUAUCGUUGCUUGGAAUCGGAAGCAGCCAUCAUGAUCGCGAUGUGGCGAGUCUCGAGCAUCGCAGGGAGAGCAAACAGGAGCGAGAAGCGCGCCGGUUAGAAAAGGAACGCACUGCUCGGAUCAAAGAACGCGAACGCAGUAUGAAAGAGGAGCAUGUUGAUGGAGGUUAUUUAGUCACACAAGGUGUGUACGUAGGUACGGAGGACUUCAACAAGGCCGUAGUGCGGCAACUGAUGAUUGAACGUCGGUUGGCCCCAUUCUGGCGGGGGCUGAAUGACUUCUCUGAAUCAUGGGCCGAACACCAGAUCAUGGCCGCGGCUCGGGGUAUGGAGAUCCCUCCACCAGAUCAGAUCCCACCCGAGUUGGAGUACAAUCCACCCAAAGCGACAGCUGUAAAGGAAUCAGCGGAUCCCACCAAUAUUCAGCAUCUCACAGUCCCAAUUACUUCGCGCUCCCAAUCCUACAACUCAGAUGUCUCCCAAAACUCGAACCCCGCGCAUUCAUUGCCUUCGGCCAUGUCUCCCAUUGCAUCUGGUACCUCAACCUCACCGCUGUUCCGGGCCCGGGCAAAGACUCUGGCAGCUUUGUCGACCUCAAAACAUGGUUCACAGACAGAUCUGGCCCCAAGAGAAUUACAGCUCCCUAAGGAUGCGUUCGUUAACGGUCAACCGAUCGAGGUCUACCUGUACAAGGAUUCCAGCGAAUGCCCAAUCUGCUUCCUCUAUUACCCUCCAUACUUGAAUCGCACUCGUUGUUGCGACCAGCCGAUUUGUUCUGAAUGCUUUGUCCAAAUCAAGCGUCCAGACCCCCACCCUCCAGAGCAUGGCGAGCCAGACUCCAACGCCCCAACGCCGGCAGACGGAGCUCAGGCUGAACAGGAGUCCCAGCUCGUGUCCGAACCUUCCGCGUGCCCUUUCUGUGUUCAGCCAGAGUUUGGAGUUACCUAUGCUGCACCUCCGUUCCGCCGAGGUCUGACAUAUGCCGUCGAUCCUGGCCGUCGUCGCGCUACGUCAUUAUCUGCUACUGACCCUGGAGUGGUCACUACCGAUAAGGUCCGGCCCGACUGGGCUCAGAAGCUGGCCAGUGCGCGCGCUCACGCGGCUCGCCGAUCCGCUGCUGCGACAGCCUUACAUACUGCGGCUUAUUUGAUGAAUCCAGGUUCUGAAUCCCGUGGUAUUGGGAACUUUGCUCGCAGACGGCGCGGAGCGACUCAAGGAGAUGCCAGCCGGUCUGGAUCUCCCGCGCUCAACGCGCUCGCAUUUCUGACCGAACGACCCGACCGAACACCGCCGCGUGCACCUGAUACCGAUUCCGCCGAGGAAGGUGCGGGCCGUACUGCGCCACCUCGAGAAGGUCCUAGGCGUACCAGAAUUGACGAUCUGGAGGAAAUGAUGAUGAUGGAGGCGAUUCGGUUGAGUUUGGCUAGUGAGGAGGAACGUCUCAAGCGAGAAGAAAAGGAGUUCCGAAAAGACGCUCAGAAGCGAGAGAAGGAGACCAAAAAGGCCGAUAAGGCCGCUCGCAAGACAAGCAUCCACAGCAACAAUGCCAGCAGCACUGCAUUGAAUACAUCUGGUGAAGCAUCUCUUGCCAAAGUAACCAGCAAAUCCUCCGCCGUUGAAGAAGAGGAAGAAGAAGUGGUGACGGGCAAGGGCAAGGGUGUUGAUCGCGUUGCUCCAUCAAACCCAUCCGCCCCAUCGGCAUCUGUCAAUGCUAGUCAGGCAGAUCAAACCCCGGUGAUCAAUGAGCAGCUUGCUGUCGGCGAUUCUUCAAGGCCAUUCCAUCUCCGACAGGUGUCAAGUGCCUCCUCAUCUUUCUCGUCGACAAUGGAAAAUACCCCCGAAGAACGUCCAGUGGGCCAUGGAUCUGGGGACGGAAGCAACGCAUCCCUCGAGCCACUCUUCAACUUCCGCAGUCUCGCGGCUGUCAUCGGUGACGAGGAAAAGUGCCACGAAUCCGAACAUGCCGAAGAUGCCACGGCUCAAGCCGAGGGACCUUCUAGUGCCACGCCGAGUGCUGCGCCGAGCGCUACACCGUCUGUUCACCAACCCGCGACUGAGUCUGCAGUCCCAGAGUCCAUGCCUGAGGCCACACCUGAGUCCAAUCCCACUGUGAACGCCGAUGCAGGCUCCAAGGAGCUUGAGACACGCUCUGUAGAGAUCACAAAUCCUACCUCCGAUCCUGAGGCGACGUCCUAA